AUGGCAUCAUCGAGCUCCGUUUUCCCAACAAGGAGAUUCUACUCAAUUCCUGACGAUGGCUCAGAAAGUGAACAGGAUAUACGAAUGGAUCCACGGAAUAAGAAGAGGUGGUUUCUGAAACAAGAAGAAUUCCUUGCUGUUGACGAGCAAACAAUUCCUACAAAAUGCCGGCAUGAACUGAAGUUGUACAACCCAAAGAAACCUGAAAAAUGGGGUUAUAAGAAUCUGGUCCUAAGUGGGGUGUCUGGGUUAGGCUAUGACUUAGAUCUUUUUGAUGGAGAUAAAACUUCAGGAACAUUUGACCAAAACGGGACUGCUUCUAUUACGAACGGUAAGAUUGAACAGAUUGUUGCUCCCACAGAAAAGAAAAUGCGAAAGAAGGGUGGCGGAUAUAUGAUCGAAAGAGUGGCAGAUAUCGAUGGUGAAAAAGUAUCCUUUGUAUCGUGGUACGACAACAAAGUUGUAAACAUGGUAUCAACUUUUGUUUGA